AUGAAUAACAAGGAAACAAUCUAUAUAAUAGGGGGCGGGAUUAUUGGCUGUACCACAGCAUUCUACUUAACAAAACAUAAAAAAUUUGAUCCACAGAAACAUCGAAUUAUAAUAAUUGAAAGUAACGACAUCGCAUGUGCAGCAUCAGGCAAAGCUGGUGGUUUGUUGGCAUCAUGGGCAUUUCCAACACAAUUAAGCGAAUUAAGUUUUAAAUUGCAUCAAAAUUUGGUACAAUUAUAUCAAGGUGACAUAAAUUGGGAUUACAGACAUGUAAAUACUGUUAAUUUGGAUAUUGAUUUAAGCAAUUAUGACAAUGAAAAUAAGAAAAAAAGUAAAAAUAAAAAUAAAAGUGAAAGUGGGACUAGCACAAAGAAUUCGAUAAGUCUACCCACAAAUUUGAAUUGGAUUGACCCUAAAUUUGUGACAAACUGGACUCAACUUAGCGAUAAAGAUUCUACUGCACAGGUCCACCCUUAUAAGUUUACCAAAUUUAUGUUAAAAAAGGCCAUGGAAACUCAAUGUGUUGAUAUUGUUUAUGGUAAAGUAGAAAAAAUUAAUAUCUCUGAUAAAACCAAAGAAACUAGGACUAUACGAUCAUUAGAUUACAUACCAAUAGCCAAAGAUAGAAAAUACGAAAAAUAUAAAGAUUCACUGUUAUCAAAGGCCCUAAAGAAGACAAUAAUUCUAUCCUCGCAAGACAAAGUAAUUGUAUGCAUAGGUCCAUGGACAUCGACUCUAUUACAUAAAUGUCCGAUAUUUGGAUUAAGAGCCCACUCAAUUACAGUAGACCCAUUAGAUUAUAAGAUAGAACCAUAUGCGCUUUUCAAUGAAAUUAAAUUGAAUACUGUGGAUGUAUUUACCCCCGAAAUAUAUGCACGUAAGCAUGAUAUAUAUAUAUGUGGUGAAGGAGACAAUCAAAUACAAUUACCAGAUCCAACGACUGAUGUAGAUGUGUCACAAACAGAAUGUGAUAAACUAUAUAAAUAUGCGUCAAUUUUAUCUCCAAAUAUUAUCGGUAAAGGCCAGAUACUGAAAAAACAGGCCUGUUACUUACCGGUUCUAAAUGUAGCUACAAGUAGUGGACCUCUAAUUGGUGAAACCGACAUUAAAAGAUUGUACAUGGCCAGUGGACAUUCCUGCUGGGGAAUCAAUAACAGUUGUGCAACAGGCAAAGUAAUGUCAGAAAUCAUUUUUGAUGGUAGAGCGAUUAGUUGUAAUGUAGAUAAAUUGGAUCCUAAAUUGUAUUUUAGUGUCGAUUAA